AUUGAUUCUUGUUACGAUUAAAGAAUUGAUUAUCAGAAUUGAUUAUCAAAGAAUUGAUUCCUAUUACAAGUGAAUUAACUAUUAUUAAAACCCAUUCCUUAGUCUUAUGUCUUCUUUGCCUAUUCACAAUGACUUCAUCUUUCCUCUCCAGUUGGCUAUGGCUUAAGCCAGUCCAGUCCAUUGACGGGAUUCUGACUAUCAACAGAACCACUCUUUAUGCAACCAUCACUACUAUCGCCUGUCUCUCCACUUACAAUUACAGACAAACACUUUUUGUCUUUUAUCGCCACAUCCUUGCUUCUUGGUCAACGACUCGCACGACUCUUGCUGUGGUGCUUGCGAGUGUUGUGGGUCCGCUUGUCCUGCUCAACUUAAACGACUCGUUGGGCAUCGAGUCUUGGGCUCGUUGUGUUGUUCGUUAUUAUCGACGCAAGCGUCGAAGACUACUGCAGCAGCAGCAGUUGUUGCUUCAACAGAAGCAACUCGUGUUGCACUGCAACGAUCCUCCCAUCAUCAGAAAGGAUUCUUCAAAGCCAGACUCUAUUCCUAGCGCUUUAAGAUGCAGUUUCAGUAGUACUGGAAGUCAGUCUGCUUCUCCAGUUUCUCCAUUCGAGUCUUCAUUGCCGUUACCCAUGACUCGUUCACAGUCCUUGCCACAUACUUCUGCUCCUCGCAUUCUUGGCAUUUCUAAAACUGAUUCUUCGUCUAAUAUUCAAACUGUAUCAUCACAUUUACCAGUCGAAUAUCCUACAAAUUCCAGUCUUUAUUCUGCUUCUAUCUUGCCGCUCUAUACAUACUCAUUGGGAAAUACCAGUGACGCAUCCGUCGCACACUCCACUUGCUCAAGCACAUUCAAUACCGCCAUCUCUACAGACUUUAAUCCAUCCUCUACUUCAACCAAAGCAUACGUCAGGAGACUCGAGGCUCAAGUACGGUUGCUCUGUCGUAAAAGAGAAGCCAUGGUUGAAUCUGUUCGUGGUUUAAAAAAAGAGGUCGCUCUAGAAAGAGAGGCCAGGUUUGUUGUUGAAACCUAUCUGAAUGAAAGAUUGCGUCGUAUGGAGUUAGAGCUCGAUUUUCGGGAUAAUGAAAUUCUGAAGCUACGUGAUCGUCAGCGUGAAAUGGAUGCUUCCAUGGGUUACUCUGAUGUCGACGAUUAUGAUGCAAACGAUGAGACUGACUCUUCCUUUGGAAAAAUCAAUGCAUCCACUGCUUUGCAUUCCACUCUCCCUUCUUGUUCCACACUUUUAUCUACAAAAUCUCCAUUGAAAGCAUGCACCAUCAGAGCUCCCAUCCCCAUUUGUAUCCUAAAUAAUAAUACGCCCGACUCUCCUACAAGUAAUCAAUUGUCUGUGGACGAUACGGUGCUUUUUGGAGAAAGUCCUCGCUCUUCAACUACUGCAUGCAUCGCUCCCUGUUCAAAUAUUUUCUCUAAAUCUGUCGACAUGGACGACUCUGACGAAGACGACGAAACAUAUUCUAAAAAUGAGUCUGCUUCAGAUACUGAGAGUAUAGACACUAGUACAGCUUCAAUUCAGCACGAUGGCUCGUCAGUAUCUACUGACACUCACUUGACUCCCAUAGGCCGCAGCUCCAACAAGCAUGAUGAUGAAGACUUUGGAUAUGGUUCCGAAGAAUCAACUUCCUCACAUAUUCUCUCCAUGGCAUUGCCUCACUCUUUUGACGAAUACGCACCUGCAAAAAUUUAUCAAGAGCUCUUGGCUGAAGUAGCUCCCUCGCUUCUACUUGUAGAUAUUGAUGACUUGGCCACUACUCUACAUGCCACAUCACACCAAUGUCUCGUGGCAGUCAUUCAAGCUGCUCUUCAAAUAUGCGAGCGCAAAGGUCACUGGAUGUGUAAAGUAAAGCUUGUCGAGUUUUUUCAACGCUAUCACAUCCUUAUAUCACGCUUUAUUGACAACCAAUCUGAUCAGUUGUUGGCUCUUGCUGCAAUUGAAGAGUACUGCAAUGGAUCACUGAAGCGUCGUGCUUACCAUCUGAAAAUCAUCAUGUGUUUGUAUCAACUCGAUGUUGUUGAUGCAGAGCUAUUGAUUACAUGGUUUGAUCGUGGCAUUGCCACGAAUGAUUUGAACGAUGUGCGUAAUUUGUGCAGCGAGUUUAUGGACUGGCUUGAAGAGCAAGUUAGCGAUGAUGACGAUGAUGAUAGUUCUAGUGACGACAGCGAACAUGAUGGAUCGCAUUCAGAUGGCCCAGCCGAUCCUGAUGCAUUGUGGAUUGUUCCUGCUGUGACAAUUGUGUCUACCGACACUGUUCAUAAUGAUGAUUCUAUACGUGCACACGAUCACGACGAAUCAUCUCGGAAACCGCCUUUGUUAGUGUCAACUGAUUCAUCCGCGCCAGCUGUUCCAUCCAAACUAAUCGAGCAUUCUUUGCUUCUCCAGACUCAUGCAUCUGAUUCAGAAGAUGAUGCAUCCAACUCUGAAGAUUUGGGCGAAGACGAGGACGACACAUUUGAUGCGUCCUAUGCACACAUGGAUCCGGAGCUUUGCUUUCAAUCUCCGCUCAUGUUUUCCGCCCAUGUACUAAACGAAGUUGGAUGUGAACGAACAGAGUCGUUCUCAAGCAGUGGAUCUAGAAAGAAAGUGACAUUCUCUACUUGAAUACUUGAAAUAAACCGAGUUUGAUUUGUAUCUAC